UUUCCCCCUUUGUGUUACACGACCGGAUUUCUACACGAACCGGAAGUCAAGUGCCUGUUAAACUUUUGUGUACGCGCGUUGCAGCAGCUAAAGACAUGAAGCUUUAAUCUGUUUUUACAGAUUUAUCAGAUUUAUUAAAAUAAAAAUGGCGGCUAAACGUAAAACUGACGUCACUGUUCCUGCUGAGGAGAGUGAUCAGCUCCUGAUCCGUCCGCUGGGAGCAGGACAGGAGGUGGGGCGGUCCUGCAUCAUCCUGGAGUUCAAAGGAAGAAAGAUCAUGCUGGACUGUGGGAUCCAUCCGGGUCUGGAGGGCAUGGACGCUCUGCCGUACAUCGACCUGAUCGAUCCAGCAGAGAUCGACCUGCUGCUCAUCAGCCACUUCCACCUGGAUCACUGUGGAGCUCUGCCCUGGUUCCUGCAGAAGACCAGCUUUAAAGGACGCACCUUCAUGACGCACGCCACCAAGGCCAUCUACCGCUGGCUGCUGUCCGACUACGUCAAAGUCAGUAACAUCUCAGCUGACGACAUGCUGUACACCGAGACGGACCUGGAGGAGAGCAUGGAGAAGAUCGAGACCAUCAACUUCCACGAGGUGAAGGAGGUGGCCGGCAUCAAGUUCUGGUGUUACCACGCCGGGCACGUCCUCGGAGCCGCCAUGUUCAUGAUCGAGAUCGCCGGAGUCAAGUUGUUGUACACAGGAGACUUCUCUCGUCAGGAGGACAGACAUCUGAUGGCGGCAGAGAUCCCGAGCGUCAAACCGGACAUCCUCAUCACCGAGUCCACGUACGGGACGCACAUCCACGAGAAGCGAGAGGAGAGGGAGGCUCGAUUCUGCAACACGGUCCACGACAUCGUGAACAGGGAGGGUCGCUGUCUGAUCCCCGUGUUCGCUCUGGGACGAGCUCAGGAGCUGCUGCUCAUCCUCGACGAGUACUGGCAGAACCAUCCAGAGCUCCACGACAUCCCCAUCUACUACGCCUCAUCUCUGGCCAGGAAGUGCAUGGCCGUCUACCAGACCUACAUCAACGCCAUGAACGACAAGAUCCGCAAGGCCAUCAACAUCAACAACCCCUUCGUCUUUAAGCACAUCAGCAACCUCAAGAGCAUGGAUCACUUUGACGACAUCGGGCCCAGCGUGGUGAUGGCGUCCCCGGGUAUGAUGCAGAGCGGUCUGUCCAGAGAGCUGUUUGAGAGCUGGUGCACCGACAAGAGGAACGGAGUCAUCAUCGCCGGAUACUGUGUGGAGGGGACGCUCGCCAAGUGGCCUCACAAACCCUGCAGGCUGUCCCUCAGUGCAGCUCAGGGUCUCAGGGGGUCUGAGGCGUCCCCCGGCCUGGCCCCCCCUGCAGCUCACCGGUUGGUCUAA